GUCUGUUAAUAUCUAUUCAAGACUAUAGAAUUGAUCUCAACUGUACUUCUAUUCUAUGACAGCCUGCCACUAUAUUGAAUCAUCUCACUUGUCUAAUGUCGUCGAAUAAUGAUCCUCAAAAAAACACACAGGUUCAUAAUCUUUUGGCUAACCUCAUUCUGUUAAGUCAGAAUAAAUCCUCCCAAAAUAACAACACCAACAACACCAACAACACUAAUUUCAAUAAUGUCAAUCAAUUAAAUAACAAUUUCUCCCAGUCUUUUCAACAGCCUUUAGGUUAUUCAUCUUUUGAAUCGUCUUUUUCUGCUUCACAAGCCUCUUCAUCACAGAUUCCUCCAAACACUCAAUCCAACCCCAUACCAAACCUCAAUAAUCAAAACGAUGUUAUAAACCAAAUAUUAAGCGCUGCCGCUGUUUUAUCUUGCACUAACCAGCAGAAUCAAUUCACAAAUAAUGGCCCCGAUAUGAAUAAUCAAGUUUACUUGAAUAAUAGUGGCAAUUCAAAUUAUAACAAUACUAAUAACAAUCCAAUUUAUAAUAGUAUCAGUAACAAUAUUAGUAAUACUAAUAGCACCACUAAUAGCAAUACCACUAACUCAAGCUAUGCUGCUCGUAAUAUGACUCAUAUUAAUCCUCAAAGACAAGCUCUUUUAAUGAAUAGUGAUAAAAGAUCUUAUAGUUCAAAUUCUGGCAAUUAUCCAAGUUCUAAUUUUAGCUCUAAUUCAAAAUCAAGCUUAAAUUCCAAUUUCAAUAAUUACAACAAUAGAUUUCGUGACUCAAAUUCAAAUUCAAAUUCAACCCCAAAUCCAAAUCCAACCCCAAAUCCAAAUGGUUUUAAUAAAGAAAAACUGUUUUACGACAAUAAAAAUUUAAACUACAAUAAUAUCAAUAAAAGUUUUAAUUACAACUCUUUUGGUGGUGAUAAUGGAAACAUACAAAACUCUCAAAAUAAUUCUCAAAAUAAUUCUCAAUUUUCUAAUAAACCAAACCAUAACACUUCUUUUAACUCAACUAAUAUAUCUCAAACACAUAUUGCGUCACAAAACAAGUCUGCAACUACUGAAUGGACAAUCGCUGAAGAUAUCAUUUUAAUUAAUAUAUUAGUUAAAAAAAUUUCCUUUUUAAGAGGUGAUUUAAUUGCUCAUAGAACUAUCAAUAAAGAAAAAUUAUACAAUUUGGAUGAAUUUUAUAAUUAUUCCCAGAUUUCAACUCGAAACCCAAGAUCUUUAUUAAAGGAUAAAUUAUUAGUUUUAACAUCGAACCAUGCUUAUUGGUUAUUCUUAUAUAAGAAAUCUAAGUUUGAUGGAACAUAUAUUUGGUCAACCGAAAAUAGAUGUUUUGAAUUUAAAACUACUUCCCUUCCAGAUUCAACUUUAGAUUCAAAAAUUGAGAAUUUAUUUGCAAAGUAUAAAGGUUCAUUUCCUGAAAUUAAAGGUAAGCAGAGGGGCAUUAAAGCGAUUAAACAUAUGUUUUGCCCUUAUUCAAUUGAUUCAACAUUAAUGUAUCAUACAUUUGUAUAUCUUAAUCUCUUUCUGUCUCAAAGUUAUGAUAAAAGUAUUUUAUUGCAUCCAGAUAUAAACACAGCUCUACUGACAAUUCUUCAUAGCAAAGAUAGUGUUUUUAAUAAGUAUGCCUCUUCAACUCCAAAUAAGAAUUUAUUAGAUAAUUCAUCUUUGGUUGCUCAGAAAAAUCUUCCUAAUGAUAACAAUUUUCGAAAUAAUGACAACCAGCUUCAAAAUCAAAAAGAUAGAAUUGACCAAAGGGAUCUGCACUCAUUUUUGAAUUCGAACCAUCCCUCCGAACAACUAAAACAUUUCAAAGAACCACCAUCAAAAUGGACUUCUGACAAAGAAACAUAUUUUAUUAAGUUGUUGAUUAAACAUAGACAAGAAAUUCCUGACGUUUUUCGAUCUUGUAUUGCGGACAGAUUGGGAACAAAAGUCGAGUUAGUUGUUGAUGAAUUUUUAGCAAGAUAUCCCAAUAUGGCCAAUGGAAUUUUUUCCAAUUUGAAUGAUCGGUUUCAGGUUCUUAAACAAGAACAUUUUGUAUUUUUGCAAAUGCAUGCUCUUUUGAAAUCAUGUUUUGAUGUUCAAUGGUCUGACCAUCUUCGUUGUUUUGUCUUGAGUUCUGAUAUUCUCAGAAAUCAAUCUGAAGAAGGAAGACAAGCAUCAAUCACUAGUUUUUUCAACAAAUAUAAAAAUGUUCUCAUUAAAAAGACUGAAAGAGGUUUGAAAACUGUCAAAUCCAUGUUUAUGCCAAAUCAGUUUGAUAAAAUUUUAUUAUAUCACAAGUAUAUAUACAUUGGCAUAGUAUUAAAUGGAAACAAUGGCAGUAGUUCAAAUAAUUUCAAGAUCUCUCCAGAUUUAAGCAUCAAGUUAUUAGAGAUUUUGAUUAGUAGUGGCGGGCAAGAACUAUUUAAAUCUGAUAUUUUUAUUAUGAAUGAGAUCAACCAAACUUCUUUAGUAAAUUAUUUGAGGUAUAAUGAAAUGGCUGUAAAGAAUUUAAUUCUCAGUUCUGCUGCAGCAAAUCUUUCGGGAUCUAAUCACAAUUCGCCGGCUGUAGUAGCAUCUACAGCAGCAUCUACAAUCACACCAGGAACUGUGCCGGUGGUGGCACUAGCAACAGGGCUGGCAAUAGCACCAGCAAUAACACCGGCAUCUGUGCCAGCCUUUGCUCUGACAGCAGCACCACCAACAGCAGCACCAAAAAUAGAGUCAUCGAUAGCUCCUGCCCUAUCGGCAACAACAUUAUUGCCAUCAUCGGUAGUAACACCAGUUAUAAAACCGGCAAUAGUACCAAAAAUGGAUCCACCAAAGGAACCAGAAAAGAAAUCAACAAACGUGCCAAUAGUUGCACAACUGAUAAAAUCGACAAAAGUUCCAACUGAAAGUUUGCGUGAAGAAUCAUCACAAGAACCAAACAAAAAUUUAAUGUUUCAAUUAGAAAAUUUUCCGAUAAAGAAUGAAAAUUUAGAAAUCGCGACAGCCAAAAUAGAAGAACAAAAUAAAGAAUUGAAACCAGAAUUGAAAUCAGAAUUGAAAUCAGAAUUGAAAUCAGAAUUGACAACAAAUGUGAGAGAAAUUUCCGUUAUAAAACCUGCAGCAGUGCCAACAAAACCACUAACGGAAACACCAACAACAACACCCACAAUAACAUCAACCAUGAAAGCAGCAACAACAGUCAUGGAACCAACAAUAACACCGGCUAUGAAACCAAAAGUUUCACCAACGCCAUCGUCAGCUUUAAGACCGGAUGUAAAAUCUAUUAAUAUUUACAAGAAACGGAAACCAAUGGUUUCAAAUGAUUCUAUCUUAUCCGAGGCUGAAAUCAUUAAAAACUCAAGCAAAUACACUAACCCAUUGCUUUUAAAAAGAGGAAGGGAAAGUGAUAGUGAUGACGAUGAAAAAACUGACUAUGGGGUGUUUUCCCGACCUAAAAAGAGUGUGAAUCUUGGGCAACGAGGAAGCAGAUCAAUUGCUCAAAGAUCUACCUCUGCCUCAAAGCCUCAAAAUUCUUUGAGAACCCGAAGAACAACUUUGCAAAACAUGGGAAAUCUUACAAAUGAUGAACUGCAAAAGUUCGAAAACUCAAACAUAAAUGCCUAUUUAAACACAAUCUCCUUUUCCAAUGUAAAUAAUUCUCCAAAUAUGAUUCCAUCUUUGGAUUUGGUUUCCAAAGUAAAUGUUUCGAAUUCGAAACUUACUGAAAUAUCAAAUCGAUAUGCGAAAAAUCUGAUGCAAACGGAUUUUUCAAUAAAAGAAGGCUCUUCUAGAUCCGAAACUCGACUUCCUUCGUUAAAUGCUGCCAGCAAUCGGUUCAUGGUAUAUGGUGGAUUUGCGCCAAACAAUUCUUUGGAAUUUAGUAGAAAAGAGCUUCCAAAUCACUAUCAAAACAAUCUUUCUCAAACAGCGGAGCUCAAAUCAACUGCAAACCCACAAGUACCAAUUGGUGGGAAGCAGUUCAGUUUGACGGAUGAAAUCAAAUCGUCAAGCUCCACAACAAAGAAGUCUGUCAAAAUCAUGGAUCCUAGACUCAGAAGAAACCCAAAAGGAUAGUAAGAUUUGAGUUGAUGACUUAAAAUGAUUUUUUUUCUUUUCCUCAAUGAAUAUUUGCCCGGAACAUUGAUUUGAUUUCAAAAUUACUUGAUAAAAACUUUCUAAAAUACCUCACCCAGUGAAUUACAACCAAUGUUCUCAGACUCCAGGCACCACUUUAUUUUAUUUUUUUUGUAUCUUUUUUAAUUCAAAUUUUGCUAUUCUAUUUUUCCUAUCUUUUUUUUUUGCUUUACGAGAAUUUUUUUAAUAAUAUACAUUGUUAAUAAAUGUGCUUUAUCGAUAUCAUUCACCUUUUAGGUGGAAUC